UUCUGGACGUUGGGGCAAGGGAGAUUCUUUAGCAUCUUCUUACUGACCAAAUAUAAGUCUGAAAAGAUGCUUUUGUGUGUGCCUUUCCUGAUUCUUUUCAGAUUAAUGGACUCUCUAUCAGAGAAUUUAAAGGUCACUGGUCCAGAUUCUCCUCUUGUUGCUGUAGCUGGUGAAGAUCUGGUUCUACCCUGUUUUAUCAAACCCAACACCAGUGCUGUGGACAUGACAGUGGAGUGGUUCAGACCAUAUGUAGAAGACUCAUUGGUGCAUCUCUAUAUGGAUCAUGAAAACAUAAAUGAAAAUCAGGCUCAGGCUUACAGGGGAAGAACUUCAGUUUUCAAGGAGGAGCUACAGAAAGGAAACAUUUCUCUUAAACUCUCAGCUGUUCAAGUCUCUGAUGAAGGAGAAUACAAGUGUUUUGUUGAGGACAACUCCUGGUCUGAUGAUAUCACUGUGACCAUCAUUGUCAAUGCUCAGGGAAGCCACCCAGUGAUCAUGAUGGAGGGUUAUGAUAACUCAGGAGGGGUUAAUCUAGUGUGUGAGUCCAGAGGCUGGAAUCCUGAACCUGAGGUUCUGUGGCUGGAUAGAGAAGGAGCUCCUUUGACUGCUGAAGAGACACAGAUACACAAAGGGACUGAGGGGUUCAGUGUGAAACGCCGCAUCACUGUGUAUUCCUAUAGUGACUCCAACAGAUUUUACUGCAGACUUCUACAAAAUCAUCACAUGAUGGAGACAGAGAUCAUCAUCAAGAGUAAAAUCUUUGAGGUUUGGAAGUGGGCUGUUGGCAUUUCAGUUUCAUCAUGCCUGAUUGCUGUUGGACUGAUAGUAACGGCAUUUAUUUGUUUCAAAAAAGAGCAACAAAGACAGGGGAUUAAAGAUGAGCUUGAACAGGAGAAACAAAAUACGGAGAAGCUAAAAAAAAGAGUGGCAGAAGAGUUUAGAAAAAACAAGAAAUUUGCAGUGGAUGUGACUCUGGAUCCUGAUACAGCUCAUCCAAACCUCAUCCUGUCUGAAGAUGGAAAACAAGUAAAAGAUGGAGAUGAGUUUCAGGAUCUCCCUAAUACACCAGAAAGGUUUGAUACAGGUGUUUGUGUUCUGGGAAAGCAGAGGUUCUCCUCAGGGAGAUUUUAUUAUGAGGUGCAGGUCAGCGGGAAAACUUCAUGGGAUCUCGGCGUCACCACAGAGUGCAGUAACAGGAAGGGGCAGAUUACUCUGAACCCUCAGAAUGAAUUCUGGACUGUGGCUUUAAGAAAUGAAGAUCAGUACUGGGCGCAUGAUAAUACUGAUGUCCCCCUCACACUGAAAAAGAGGGUGGAGAGGGUGGGGGUGUUUGUGGAUUAUGAGGAGGGUCUGGUCUCCUUUUAUGAUGUUGAGGCCAGAGCUCAUAUCUACUGUUUUACUGAUCAGAUUUUUACAAAGAUACUCUAUCCAUUCUUCAGUCCUGGUUUAUAUAAAGAAGGAAAAAAUUCAGCACCACUGAUUAUCUCUCCUGUAUUAAAGACGGAAUGAUUUUUACCUCAAAAUGUAAUCAAUUAAAUGGUACGAAUGAAAGUAAAUAUUUUCUGGUAAAUACAGAUUCAUUAAUACAGAUUUAAAGUGCAUGCACAAUUAUUAUUAUUAUUAUUAUUAUUAUUAUUAAUAAUAA